AUAGCGUUAUCCUUACAGAUAGGAAACUUUGAUGUUUUACGUAUCUACGUCGUACCAGAACUAAUAAUUUCUAAUGCCGAGACAUGUGAUGAAAACAGUUGCGGAACAUUGAAAUUUUAAAUGCGCAUGCGAGUCAUUUCAGGUAUUAAUUGACAGAUAAAGCAUGAUAAGGACAUUUUUCAGUAGCACAUACAGCGUGUAAAACCUUCACAGCCAUGGAAAUUGUACGUUUACAACCUUGCAUUCAAUUGCAACUUACAAAUGAAGAAUUUCAAGAUAUCAUAGACAAGGCUAAGGAUUGGGCACUUAUGCACGGUAUCAGUUUUAGAUCUAAAGAAUCGUUUAAUAAAAAUCAAGUGCAAGUUUUACCAUUUACACUAUUACCUUCUACUUUUCCCAAAAGGAAUUUUUUGAAGGCAAAAAAUAUACAAGUAUUAUUAAAUGAACUUAUACAUAAAGUAGCACAUAAUCAUACAUUUCUUGUCAACAGUUUGAAGAGCACAAUAGAUGCUGACCCUUUUACAGCAAAAUUAUUUAAUAUCUAUGAAACUGUACAUAAGGAAGGAUUUAGUCAGACUAUAAGUGUUGGUCUGUUACGGUCAGAUUAUAUGUUACAUGAAAAUGGAAUUAAACAAGUUGAAUUAAAUACUAUCGCAAGCAGUUUCGGUGGAAUAGCUUCAGUUGCCUUACAAUAUCAUAAGUACAUCCUAUCAGAAUUAGGACAUGCAGACAAAAUAAAAAAUAUUCCAGAAAAUAAUCCUAUUAGGGGUCUUUGUUCAGGGUUGAUACACGCAUGGGAAUUGUAUAACAAUAAACAGGCAGUGAUAUUAUUCAUUGUUGAAGAUAUUACUUACAAUAUAUGUGAUCAGAGAUUUCAUGAAUUCGAAAUAUGUAAACUGAAACCUGAUAUAAAAGUAAUCAGGCGUAGUUUACAAAGUCUAGUAGCUGAUACAAGGCUGGGUUCCAAUAAGGAAUUACUAGUUGGAAAUCAAGAAGUUUCUGUAGUUUAUUUUCGCUCUGGUUACCAAGUUGAUGCUUACCCUACAGAAAAAGAAUGGUCCAUUAGAUUAUUGAUAGAACGUUCUCGAGCAAUAAAGUGUCCUUCUAUUCAAUAUCAUCUAGCAGGCACUAAAAAGGUACAGCAAUCUUUAGCAUAUCCUAAUGCGCUGAACAAGUUUAUAACAGAUGUUGAUAUUCGAAAACAAAUACAAGACGUAUUUGCUGGCCUUUAUUCACUAGAAUUUAAUGACGAAGGUGACACAAUAAUUGAGAAGGCAAUCGCAGACACUAAGAAAUAUGUUCUUAAGCCACAACGAGAAGGCGGUGGAAAUAAUAUUUACAAUGAAGACAUAAAAGUGAAGUUAGAAUCUAUGAAGACUUCAGAGGAAAGAACUGGUUGGAUACUUAUGGAUCGUUUUUAUCCUCCAUCCCAAAAGAACUAUAUUGUACGUGCUCAGAAUGAACCAUUUGAACAUCAUGAUCUUUCUCUCUUUGAUGUUGUAACAGAACUAGGCAUUUAUGGUGUUGUUAUAGGAGAUCAUGAAAAUAUUAGAAUUAACGAACAGGUAGGUCACAUGUUGAGGACAAAAGCUUCAAAUGAGAAUGAAGGUGGCAUAGCAGCUGGUUUUGGCGCUAUUGAUGGCCCUUAUCUUAUUACGUAACACAGAUUAUAUUUGUUACUAAUUAUAUAUUUGUUGAUAGUUAAAAUGAUGGAACUCAAAGACACAAGAAAAUUAUAUUUUAAAUACUAAUGUAAGAAAUACUUAUG